CGUUGAGCUUUAUUCUGGAAAAAGUAUUCCCCGGAGUUGAAGUGUCAAGAAAGUAUCAAGAAUGAAGACAAUGCUAAAAAGUUUCGUGCUUCUACUCACCAUUGCAAUGGUCGCAUCCCAAAGCAUCCAGGCCCUGAUCGACGGCUGCAAAGAGAAGGUUCCGAUGAGCGAGGAACAGGAAAAAUCCUACCUUGAACUGAAAUUCGAUCCGGAAGAUCGUACGGCGCACUGUUUGAUGCACUGUGUCGGGGAAAUGUUGCAGCUAAACGACGAAAAAACCGGAAUGGUCAAUGUGGAGAGUUUGAAAAAUUUCCUGAAGGCUGCCGAGGGUUCCAAGGAAAGUUGCGAGGAAUUGAAGGAAGAGGAUCUGAAGUGCCUGGAGGAGGCCCAGCAGAAGAAGCACUCCGGCGAAGAAGAUGACGAAUGUUCGAUGGCUUUCCGAGUGUAUCAGUGCUUCGAGGAAGAAUUCCACCAGCUGAUGAUGGCGCACAUGGGCCACGAAUAAUUGGUGUAAUUUUCAGCAAUAUUUUGGUUUCAGCGUUUCGGAACAGUGUAGUUCAAAAAAUUUGAAAUAAAAAAUGAAAAUAAAUUGAUUGAUUUAUCAAUAAGACACAAAACAA